CGCGCAGGGUUUUGUCAAGUGUGUAAAGUACACUUUGGGAUGACAGAUUUUAAAGCUGAAAGGGGCCUUACAGGAAAUCCAGUUCAUCCCUCUGUUUUACAGAUGAAGACACUGGGCCUAACGAACGUGUAGCUUGACUGAAGCCCUACACACCUUUUGAGUAACUGGACUCCAGGGCUCGAGGCCUUGGUUACCACACCAGGAGCGCAGUGCCAGUUUAACCCACUCACUGUAGAGACAGUCUGCCAGAGAGCCACAAUGGACACAGCUAGCCAUAGCCUUGUCCUUCUACAGCAGCUGAACAUGCAGCGAGAAUUUGGUUUUCUGUGUGAUUGCACAGUUGCCAUUGGAGAUGUAUACUUCAAAGCCCACAGAGCAGUGCUUGCUGCUUUUUCUAACUAUUUCAAGAUGAUAUUUAUUCACCAAACAAGUGAAUGCAUAAAAAUACAACCAACUGACAUCCAACCCGACAUAUUCAGCUAUUUGUUGCACAUUAUGUACACGGGGAAAGGGCCAAAACAGAUUGUGGAUCACGGUCGUUUGGAGGAAGGGAUUCGAUUUCUUCACGCCGACUACCUUUCUCACAUUGCAACAGAAAUGAAUCAAGUGUUCUCACCAGAGACUGUGCAGUCCUCAAAUUUGUAUGGCAUUCAGAUCUCAACGACCCAAAAAACAGCUGUCAAACCAGGGCUGGAGGUCAAAGAAGCUCCUUCCAACAACGGUGGCAACAGAGCUGCUGUCCAGGGUGACCACCCCCAGUUGCAGCUCUCUCUCGCUAUUGGGCUGGAUGAUGGCACUGCAGAGCAGCAGAGGGCCCAUCCUGCCGCCCAGGCCUUGGAGGAGCACCAGAAGCCCCCAGUGUCCAUCAAGCAGGAGAGAUGUGACCCAGAAUCUGUGAUCUCCCAGAGCCACGCCUCACCCUCAUCAGAGGGGACAGGUCCCACUUUCACCGAAAGCAGUAUCAAAGUACACUUAUGCCAUUACUGUGGGGAACGUUUUGAUUCCCGAGGUAACCUAAGGCAACAUCUCCAUACCCAUGUGUCUGGAUCCCUCCCGUUUGGUGUCCCUGCUUCCAUUCUGGAAAGCAAUGACCUUGGUGAAGUGCAUCCACUUAAUGAAAAUAGUGAGGCUCUUGAAUGCCGCAGGCUCAGCUCCUUCAUUGUCAAGGAGAACGAGCAGGAGCCUGACCACUCAAACCAGGGGGCCACAGAGCCCCUGCAGAUCAGUCAAGUGUCUUUGAUCUCCAAAGACACAGAGCCAGUAGAAUUAAACUGUAAUUUUUCUUUUUCAAGGAAAAGAAAAAUCAGCUGUUCCAUUUGUGGUCAUAAAUUUCUCCGAAAAAGCCAAUUGCUAGAACACAUGUAUACGCACAAAGGUAAAUCGUACAGAUAUAACCGAUGCCAAAGGUUUGGCAAUGCGUUGGCCCAGAGGUUUCAGCCAUAUUGUGACAGCUGGUCUGAUGUCCCCCUGAAAAGUUCUCGCUUGUCACAAGAACAGUUAGAUUCAUCUUGUGCCUUAGAGUCAGAGCUCCCACAAGAAAAUGUGGACACUAUUCUUGUGGAGUAGCAGUUUCUCCUUCACGAUUUUUAUAUCCAUUCUAAAAAAGAAAAUUCAUAUGCAUUUUUAUUCAUAAAUUAUUUUCCUCCUCAA